AUGGUGGAAUUCUGGAAAGAUUGGAAUACUGCGGGCUCAAGCAGCCAACCAACUGUGGCUCCUCCUUUACCAGCAUCUGAGGUUAAAGAAGAUAAGCUUGAAAUCCCCAGUCGGUUGGAUACACCACUGCCAUAUCAAAGAGAUCAUCGAAAAAGAUUCGAAUUCCAAGAAAAAUUUUUAGUUGGUCGUGUACAAAGAUGGAUUUACAGCAGUUACUAA